AUGGCGAUCUGGUGCGAUUUGUGUGUCUUAAUCUAUUUGGUGAGCAAGAUAUGUAUGGCUCAACAAUGUUUUGAUUCACAAACACAAACGUUAGAAGGUAGUUUGGUCGGACAGAAAUUAGAAGAAUCGCCAUUCAGUAAGCUUUCAUCUCUGGGACCUUUAGACUGUUACAGAAAUUGUCGACGUCAUUCUUUGUGCCAGGCUGUAAAUUUCCAAUCUGUUUCUUACCAAUGUGAAUUAUUAUCAGAAGCUGGUGGUAAUUUUGUUACCAAUAUGACCUACAAUUUUAUUGAUGUUCGUUCUUGGACACACGAUUUUCUAGGCAAUUGUAAUCAACACAAUUGUUCUAAUAAUACAUACUGUGAAGAGGAUAUUAUGGGUUUUAGCUGUAUACCAUUUGGCUGUAUGGGUGUACCAUCUUCAGAGAAUGUUAAUACCACAUCAUUUACCAGUAAACUACUGUGGAAUCUUAACGAAAGUGUUCUGUAUGUUUGUAAUAGAGGAUAUUAUCCAUCACAAAAUGUUUUUUGUGAAUACACGGGGAAUUUUACCACCUUUAUAUGUAAACCAUUUGAAAAAUGUUUUGAUAUAAGAGAGUGUAAUCCUACGGCGGAAGAAGGAGAAUUCAUCAUCUAUUCCUCCAAAAUUUCAGCAUGGUUAAAAUUGUUUUGCCAAAACAUGUAUGGAGCAUACAUAACACUUGUUUAUAAUAACUUUGCCACCUUUCGGGCUAUAACCAGAUCAAAUUCUACUUGUCAACAUGUUGAGUUAGACCCAAGUACUAUCGGUGCAGGCGAGACUAACUUUCACAGACUUCGUUAUUUACUGGCGAAUGGAAAGAUAAAAACAUUUAGUUCGUUUUACCAAACCACUACUCAUACACGUCAAGAGUUUGGCUCGGCAGGUGACUGUUAUGUUAGAGAUAAUUCCAGUCAAUGUGGUGUAUUGGGCUAUUUUAGAAUUGAUUUUAGAGAUACAGGUUUAAGAAUCGCACCGACUACAACUUGGGAACUGUAUGGUAAUGACAGUGCUAUAGUGAAUAUAACAAAAAGUUAUGAUGAUCAAGUUAUUGAAGGGCACUGUGGAGGUAAUUGUGGUGGAUGUCGGGCUGGACAAUAUAUAAACGUGGAAGCAUAUCCAUAUUAUGUUCCUCAAAUGGAAUUCGCCUUUUCUUGUAUGAAUUUGACGUUAUAA